GUUUCUGGUCAUUUCCUCUGUAACCAGCUGGUAGCAUCAAUCAGUAUUAUGGGAUGUAUCAUAGUGUGAACAGUAAGCGUCCACCAGUCUGACAGAGUAAUAUAUUCAAACAUACAAAAUUCUGAAAACCUACAGUCCAAAUAAUCCUAUUAAUGUUAGUAAUUAAGUGGAGGCUUCACAGUGACCUGUGAAUGCCUCACUGCAGGAAAACUGUGCAGAUUUUAUACGUAUUUGUGUAUUAAGAAGCAAAAGAAGAUAUUUUUAAAUUGUGUUUAGACGUAUUUACUGUGAAAUUCAGGUAAAGGUGAGUCAUGUGCCACAGUAGCUAAAAAAUAUGAGCAGCACGAACAGCGGCCGGACCACACGGAACAGAAACCUCCAUGUGCUGCUUUGUGACUCUAUAAGAUGGACAGACAUUCAGAUGGAGCACACGGAGAGCGACUGAAGGCCGGAGCUGCUGCGAUGGAGCCAGAAGAACAGAUUUAUGUCAACCUGGAGGAGCUGGGCGUCCCUGUAAAGGCUGAAACCAAACCGGGCCCAGAGGAGGAACCUGGACGUUGGGUUCCUCUGAAAGCCGCCGCCGUCGCUCUGCUGCUGCUCAGCCUCCUGCUGGCGGCUACAGUCGCUGCCGUCGCCGCACUUUACAGCAGAGACUUCAGCCGCCUGUCCACUCAUCUGGCCAAUCACACGGCAGAGAGGCUCCAGCUGCUGGUCCGGUACCAGAACCUGAGCCACGAGAGAGACCAGCUACAGACCAGUUUGAGCAGAGUUCUGAAGAACGUCGGAUCGUGUCCAGGUGGAUGGAAGAAGUUCGGCUGCAGGUGCUACUUCUUGUCUCCAACUCAGAGCUCAUGGAGCACCAGCCGACAGCAGUGUUCAAACCAAGGAGCCGAGCUGGUCGUCAUCCGCAGCCAGGAGGAAAUGGUGUUUCUGAACAAACUGGGAGAUCGUCUGAAGUUCUGGAUCGGUUUAAAACAGACAUUUGGCAGUUUUAACUGGGAGUGGACUGAUGGAAGAUCACCUGCAACCACGUUCUGGCGGAACAGACAGUCAUUGUAUCACGGCUACAGGACUCAGAGAUGUGCAGCUUUUAACAGCUUUGAGGAAGGAAACUUUAGGGGAACGUUUCUUUCAUGGAGCCGUGAGCUGUGUUCUCAGAACCUGCAGUGGGUUUGUGAGAAACCUGCAGAAUAUGUUUGAGAGAAAAGACGUUUCACAUUAUCAGUUAUGAAACACGGUGAUGAUAGCGAUGUGAAUUUCAGAAGAACAAAAUCAAACGUCCCCAAAAAACAACGAGUUCUCAACAGCAACAUCCCCAGAACAUCCUCACAACAUUACAGGCAAAGAGUUCCAUCUUUGUUAGUACAGUCGUGACUCGAUCAUCGACCCUUAACAAUCCUAAACCUGCUAUCCGACAGG